CAGCCUCUCUCUCGCCGCCGCCGCCGCCGCCGCCGGGGAGAAGGCGAGGAACCGGCAGGUCGGCAUUCUUGGCAUUCCCUCCGACAUGCCGCAGAGGAGCGGGAGGCUGCGAGGGAGGCCGCAGAGGAGCGGCGCCGAGGAGGAGGAGGAGGAGGAGGAGGAGGAGCGGUUCCGGGGGGCCUGGCAGGCCGAGGGGGGGCCCCCUCUGUCCGUGGCGCUCUUGCCCCUCUCAGCGGAGGCCAGGUGGGAGACUCUUCAGCAGGAAACAGACCAGUUUGCCAGGGGCUUAUUAGCUUCUGGUGGGUCAGAAGAUGGUGGAGUCUCUUGCCCAGUUGCAGGAGGAAAAGUUGCACCUACAGCAAGAAUUGCUGUCUCUCCAAGAGAAACUUUUUGUGCAAGAAAGUAGCCAGCAUUCUCAGACCACGCACCUGCAAAAUCAGAUAGAAUGUCUGAAGGAAAACCUCAUGGAACAAGCACAGGAAAUGAAGAUACUUCAUUCUGAGUUGGGUAGUACAGAUUUGGAGAAGCAUCGAGAUCUUCUAGCUGCAGAAAAUUUGUGCCUAAAACAAGAGCAGAAGUUGUGUGAGGCAAAGCUGCAAGAGUUCAAGAAGCAACCUAUGCAAUGUGUCGACUGUAAGCACAGCCAGGAGAAUAAGAAAUUGCAAGAAAAGUUGGCCCAACUGGAGCAAGAAACAGAAAAAGUGAAAGGCCGUUUGUCUGUGGUAGACCUUGAAGUCCAGCAGAAAACCAGUCGGCUGGCUGAGGUUGAGCUACGGUUGAAGGACUGUCUAGCAGAGAAAGCAGAUGAGGAGGAAAGGCUCUGCCGGAAACUGCGGGAGAGUCAGGAGAUAAUAGCCAGUCUCACGGCCCAACCUCAACAGAUCAAGUAUAUCAUCAAAACUUUGCCAGUGGAGUCUUGCAAGACCAAGCAGGCUCUCUCUGAAGCCCAGUCCCAGAACCAAUAUUUGCAGGAGCAGGUUGGGAUGCAGAGGCAGGUACUCAAAGAGAUGGAGCAGCAGUUACAGAACUCUCAGAAGUCAACAACACAGCUCAGAGCACAGGUUAUGAUGUAUGAGUCUGAGCUUGAACGAGCUCAUGAAGAAAUGCUGGAGGAAAUGCGGAGCAUGGAAGAGUACAAGAACAAAGCCAUUGAAGAAGCAUUUGCCCGAGCACAAAUAGAAAUGAAAGCUGUGCAUGAGAACCUGGCAGGAGUGCAGAAAAAUCUCCUUACACUCCAGCCAGCUCUUCGAACUCUCACUAAUGAUUACAAUAACCUCAAGCAACAAGUCAGAGAAUUCCCUGUUCUCCUUGAAGAGGCCUUCCAGAAUGCCAAAGCAGAGGUCAAACAUAUCUCAAGAUCAAACAAACCCCGGGAGCUACUAAGAAAAUACCGCAGGGAACUGCAGCUCCGGAAAAAAUGUCACAAUGAACUUGUGCGAUUGAGAGGAAAUAUUCGAGUGUUUGGCCGUGUCAGGCCAAUAACUAAAGAGGAUGGAGAAGGUCUGGAUGCUGCCAAUGCAGUGAAUUUUGAUCCUGAUGAUGAUGCUGCCUUGCAGCUCAGGCACAAAGGGAAGCUGAUAUCAUUUGAACUGGACAAGGUUUUCCCUCCAGAAUCAACACAGGAAGAUAUCUUUCAGGAAGUUCAAGUUCUGAUUACAUCAUGCAUCGAUGGUUACAAUAUUUGUAUUUUUGCUUAUGGGCAGACUGGUGCAGGGAAGACCUACACAAUGGAGGGAACUCCUGAGAACCCUGGAAUCAAUCAGCGAGCUCUACAGCUUCUAUUCUCAGAAGUGCAAGCAAAAGCUUCAGCCUGGGACUAUAAGAUCACUGUCAGUGUGGCAGAGAUAUACAAUGAAGUUCUCAGAGACUUACUCAGAAGGACACCACAGGAGAAGCUGGACAUCAAACUGUGCCCAGAUGGCAGUGGACAGCUCUAUGUGCCAGGCAUGACUGAAUUCCCUGUGCAGUGCUUGGAAGAUAUUAAUAAGGUCUUUGAAUUUGGACACAUCAACCGAGCUACUGAAUGCACCUACCUAAAUGAGCACAGCUCACGGUCUCAUGCCCUUCUGAUGGUCACAGUGAGGGGAGUAAACUACAGCACUGGAAUACAGACCACAGGAAAGCUGAAUUUGGUAGACCUGGCAGGUUCGGAGCGGGUGGGUAAAUCUGGUGCUGAAGGGAGUAGGCUGCGUGAGGCUCAGUACAUCAACAAGUCGCUCCUGGCACUGGGAGACGUGAUCCAUGCCCUGCGUUCUCGCCAAGGCUACAUACCAUUCCGCAACUCCAAACUGACUUAUCUCCUGCAGGACUCUCUCUCUGGUGAAAGCAAGACACUCAUGAUGGUCCACGUAUCUCCUGUUGAGAAGAACACAAGCGAGACACUCUGUUCCCUCAAGUUUGCUGAGCGUGUUCGCUCGGUAGAGCUGGGCCAUGGUACUCGGAGAUCAGAAUCAGGCUCUUGGUCCAGUCAGGAGCACUUGGAGACAGACUUGUCAGUCUCAGUACAACCCUGCAUUCGAUCACAGUCUUCUCCAUGGACAGGGCGAUCAAGUUCACUCCGGUCAAGACUCCAAACGUCAGGGAAAUUGAAGCCGCUACCUGUGUGACAAACUGACCAGAGAAAUGGUUUGUGUGAGAAAAGUUGAAGAAUGCUUUCUGCGAGACUGCCCUGCCCUGCUCUUCACCUUCGUCAAAGCCCAGCGGAGCACUGCAAUGGACUAUGAGGACUGCUGCCGUUAACACAAAAUGUUGGCAUAGCCAAGGUUCUCUGUCAGUACAACAACUUGUGAAUAAUGUGAUGCCUCUCUGAGAUGCCUCAUUGUUGCUAACAGUGGAUGGUCUCGGCUUGGAUGGAAUUGGCCUUGAGCAGAUAGGCACUUAUUAAACCGAAUAUGGUUCACUGUUCUCCUGGGUCAUGCCAGUUGGAAAGGCAGAUCCCCUGAAGAUGCCAGGUUCCCUACAUAUUCCAGGACUCUUUACAUGUACAAAAAUGUCUGAAGUAAAAGAAAAAGUGGACGCAACGUCAUGAUAUUCCAGGAUGCAGAGUACAUUGAGAGCUAAUAUAAGUCAGUUCAUGGGGGUGGGGGGAAGGUCAGGAAAAGUGGCCUUUUCAUAAAAUAUUGUUUGGUGAGCUGUUUUGGAGUGGUGGGGCUGUCCAAAUCAUUUAUUUCUUCUCUGAAACUCAUUCCAGGCCUUUCAGUUGUGUGCAUCUAUUUUAAAGCGGUUGCACCUUUUUUGUGUGUGUGCUUGACUUUAAUUUUAAACGAAUAAACAUGAUAAGAUGAUGAGUUCAGUACACAGA